AUGCUUAAUGGAUUCGAUUUUAAUUUCCAUCUACCGGUAAUGGUGUUCAUGUCAAAUUUCUCUGCGGGGCGACAGUCGGACGCGCGGUCGUACGGCAAUUGCGCCGGUGUUUCGACGGGUCUAGACUCGCUCGACGGUCCUCCGCCUACGUCCUACGGUGACAGCUUCAUCUUGGGUGACGGCGGGGUCUGUACAUCAAUGGGACCCGAUGUAGAUAUUCUUCUUGACGAAACUAUCCAACUCGAUGACACGUUUGAAUCACUACUGGAUUCGAUGAAUUGGCAUGAAUUCGGCGAUAUACAGGGACUACCUGACUUUGUAAGGCAGGAUACGCAGAUAGUAUCUAUUUCACGGACUAAAACCCUAAGUCACCAAGAUUAUUCUAAGAUGUCAGCUGUAUGCGACAACUCUACUCUAUGUAUGCAUCGUCAUCUGUACCUAACUGACACGCCGUCGUGGAUCCUACACGUAUUCUCGACAUGCGUUCUCUACGCGAACCAGACGGAGGCGACUCGUGGCCUCGCUCUGAAGAUUCUCCAUAAGAACGUUCAUAAUCCGAGAACAACAGCAAAUGUUGGAUCAAUAACCACGAGGAAGAAGCUUGCGAGAGUUCGCAAUAAGCCACCAGAGUCUUGGGAGCGCUGGUUAUUUGCGGAAAGUGUUAGGAGAACCUAUAUGAUAUCUGCUGCACUUAUUCAAUUUUGGAGUGUGUUGAAAGGGCGCAAAUUACCUUAUAUAGCUGAUCUUGGAGAUUGGUAUUACGUCCACAGAUGGACUUCGUCAAGACAUCUAUGGACUGCCAAGAGCCCCUUGGACUUUUAUAAGGCAUGGAGGGAGGAGCCUAUAUGGAUUAUAUCGGCGUUCCGCUUCGAUGCUUUUCUCGGCAUCGCCGUGGUAGCCUACUCGCCGCUGUCACGCGGCCUGCUCGCAAAACCCGCCUCGCUGGAGGAAAACUGCGCAGCUGCGUCGGUCGCGCUUUCGGCAGACGAGGUUGCGCGGAUCCGAGCGCUCGUCGAGACGGCUUUGUGUCGCGGCGCUCGUUAUCCUCCGGAGCAUGCGCUUGCUCUGUUUGCUGACACGCCGUUACCCGAGGAGUAUGCUCGCGGUUUGGAGGACCAAGGCAAGGUCUCGAUUACCGGUUCUCUGCAUGUGUUAAGCCCAACCGCAGGUCGGGACUGA